AUGGAAAUAAAACAUAGGAAAUCCAAGCUCGAGUUGGCCUGCGCCAAACCGCUUUCAAAUACCAAUGGGGUUUCAAAGGAACCUCCCUUAGCUUCGAAGAGUCGCGUUGGGACAUCUAGACGAACAGCGUCUGUGACUGAUCACCUUGUCGGCACCCAACUCGACGAGGCAUUGGCAAAUGGCCAGGGUAUCAGCUUUUUUCAGGUAGCAUACAAACAUUUCUACAUCACCCACGCGGUCGAAAUCGCACAGUGCCCUAGCCAGUGCAACAUCCGGGGCAACGACAGGGCGGACGAGCUUGCUAAAAAGGCGACACAGCUAGCAUGGGGACCUCCAAUAGGAGCAUCAAGAGCAUUCGCUCUCAGACGAGCCAUUGAAGGCCACCACUCAGACAGCAUGGACCCGACAUUGGCAGAGGGCGCCAAAGAAAGGUCGAUAGGCAAUCUCCAACAGAAUCUUGCCGUCCCUAAACCCCACCAAUCACUUCACCGAGCUCAAGGACCAAGGCGAGGUGUUCGGCCGCCUAGUCCAAUGUCGCACCGGACACGCAUACACAGGCGAAUUAUGCAGACAGCUCUUUCAUGGGGAAAGCAUAGACUGCGCAUGCGGAGAGGACCUUCGAACCCGUUCACACAUCCUAAGAACGUGCACCCGCUACACAAGCCAUCGGGGAAGUCUACAGGACGAAAACCGCGAGAUUGCCCUCCUGGAACUACUACGCACUUUCAAAGGAAUUGCCGGCCUUACCGUAUUCCUCGAAGACUCGGGCGCAUUUACGUUCACCAGAGAGAAAUUUACGCCCAAAAAGACCCUUCAUUUAUUUGA